GUGAGAACCACAGAGUCUGCAGACGGAGCUGGAGCUCCAAGGACCCUGUGCCUAUGUCUCUAUGGUAGAGCUCAAAGGGCCCUGGGCCUUCCUCCCUGGCUCGGUUGUGCUUGGGAGGGUUCCCCAGUCCAGAUUUCAUAAGGAGCAUGGGACAGCUGAUCCAUUCCUGGUGUACAAACUGCUGACCACAGGCGGUUGCUGAGCUACCCAAACCAGCACCUAGCCUCUCCCUGAAGAUCCUCCCAGGCUGAAAGAGUUCUGGGUGCCCUAGCACCAAGAACACUGGCAGACUUCCAGAAGGUCCCUGAAAGCCCUAACCUGUUCAGCCAGAGGAUGCAUCUCAGCGGAGCCCUCUUCCCAAGCCCUUGAGGACAAACCAAUUUCCCUCGAUGAUGUGCUUCUGUGUGCUCUGCUGAGGAACAAUGGGAAGUCUGCCCAGCAGAAGAAAAUCCCUGCCAAGUCCAAGCUUGAGCCCUUCUUUCCAAGGCCAGGGACCUGUGUCCAUGGAAGCAGAGAGAAGCAAGGCCACAGCCGUGGCCCUGGGCAGUUUCCCAGCAGGUGGCCAGGCCGAGCUGUCGCUGAGACUCGGGGAGCCAUUGAUCAUUAUCUCUGAGGAUGGAGACUGGUGGACGGUGCUGUCUGAAGUCUCAGGCAGAGAGUACAACAUCCCCAGUGUUCACGUGGCAAAAGUCUCCCAUGGGUGGCUGUAUGAGGGCCUGAGUAGGGAGAAAGCUGAGGAACUGUUAUUGUUACCUGGGAACCCUGGAGGGGCCUUCCUCAUUCGAGAGAGCCAGACCAGGAGAGGCUGUUACUCUCUGUCAGUCCGCCUCAGCCGCCCUGCUUCCUGGGACCGGAUCAGACACUACAGGAUCCAAUGUCUUGACAAUGGCUGGCUGUACAUCUCACCGCGCCUCACCUUCCCCUCACUCCAGGCCCUGGUGGACCAUUACUCUGAGCUGGCGGAAGACAUCUGCUGCCUCCUCAAGGAGCCCUGUGUCCUGCAGAGGACUAGGCCACUCCCUGGCAAGGACAUGCCCCUACCUAUGACUGUGCAGAGGACACCACUCAACUGGAAAGAGUUGGACAGCUCCCUCCUGUUUUCUGAAGCUGCCACAGGGGAGGAAUCUCUUCUCAGUGAGGGUCUCCGGGAGUCACUUAGCUCCUACAUCAGCCUGACUGAGGAGGCUGUCUCUUUGGAUGAUGCCUAGGCCCAAAGGAGAGGCAGAAAGGGAAACCAAGGCUGUAGCACCUAAAACCCCAAUUCAGCCCAACCUCCUGAGCAUGCUAGAGGCAAGGCUGUGCACUCAGUGAGGGAGGGCUGGGACACAGAGGGGCAUCCAGGGUCCGACCCAUACCUUGCUCUUUCCUCCCUUGGCCUUAGGAAGUCACCUACCUCUUCCCUGUGCUGUGAUCCCACCUGCAACCUCUAGUCUGAGUGCAGAAAAGCUGGGAGCAGGGCCAGGGUUCCAAAAAGAGAGUAAGCCUCCUGGAGGUGUGACCCAGCCAGUUCUUGAGUUUGGGGUUGCCAGUACCAUUUGGAUGCCCUGCCUGUUGAGUCCCAUUCCACAUCCCCACCAUUAAGCAGGCCCCACCUGCAAAGUAGAAACAACCCCUAGCAUCAGUGAAAAAAUCAUUUUCAGAAAAUUUACAAGUGCCGUUGAGACCACCACCACACUGCAGCAGGUCAGACUGUGGCCUAGAAGAGAAAGCUGAGAUGAUGUCUUACCAUAGCGGCAGACCUUGGGUGAUCCAGAUUCUACGUGACCCCCAGAGCAAAGGGAAAGACUUCUGACAGUCUAGGUCUUCAAAUAUCCCCCACUGAGGAAAACAGCUCCAGCACUGAUUUUUUUUUUUUUUGAGACGGGGUCCUGCUCUGUUGCCCAGGCUAGAAUGCAAUGGCGUGAUCUUGGCUCACUGCAACCUCUGUCUCCUGGGUUCAAGCAAUUCUCCUGCCUCAGCCUCCUGAGUAGCUGGGAUUACAGGCCCACGCCACCAUGCCUAGCUAAUUUUUUUUGCAUUUUUAGUAGAGACAGGUUUUCACCAUGUUGGCCACGAUGGUUUUGAACUCCUGACCUCAAUUGAGCUGUCCGCCUUGUCCUCCCCAAGCGCUGGGAUUAUAGGUGUGAGCCACUGCAUCCAGCUUAGCUCUAAGAUUUGUAUUUCAUUUUGUGGCUUACCAUUCCCUAACACACUGGCCUUGCUAUCUUGAGCCAAAUACAAAAUAACACCUCUUAGGUCUAGCACACUGCAGAGAGGCCACCUUUCUCAGUGCUGGGCAGGGGCAUCAGAAGAUGCUAAGACCUCUCUCCACAAUGCCAAGACCGAGGCCAUAGCCUACACCAAACGUAGCCCUUGAUUUUCCUACUGCUCCCAUGAAGAGCAAGAGGUCUGCUGGAUCUGCUAAGGGAACAGGGAGAGGAAGAAAGAGGGACAAGGGUGGGAGGCACCACCUCUAGUGCUCCUACUGGGUUCCCAAGCUACAGGUGGUAUGGAAAAGGCUUUUUCAGGUAUCAUCAACAGGUUCUCAAUUAAAGAUCUGAUUUAUUCAAGUAUCUGAAAACAUUCUACAAUGGAAACUGUUGUUAGAUGCUGCCUGUACUGUGCUAUGGACCAUGCACAUACAGCCAUGCUGUUUCAGAAGACUUGAAAUGCCACUGAUAGUUUAAAAACUGUACAGCUGAUGGAGAAUCGAGGAAGACAAUUUAAUGUUUCAUCUGAAUCCGGAAGUGCAUCAAAUUAAAUGACAGCUCCGCUUGGCAAA